AUGCAGGAGCACGAGGACAGCGUCGCCAUGAACCAUCAGAUUCAUCAGACUUCCGGACGAGCCCAGCAGUUGCUCAGCCAGGAAUCGUUGUCGUCAGCCGCGGCGGAGGAGCUGCAGUUCGAAAGGGCCUGGUGGGCCGAGGCGUUAAAAUCGAUGAUCCAGGAGCACCUCGCGGACCAGAUGGCCGCAAUCAGGGAGGCCUUCGAGGGCCCCGUGGUAGAGAUCGGGCGGGCGCAGCGGAUUCAGGCGGAGCUGCAGCAGACGCAGCAGCUGCAGAUGCAGCAGCUGCAGGGUUCCGUGCUGGAGAUCCGACAGGCCGCCUCGGAGGCCGCCGUGCCCGUGGCGAAUGGACCCGGCAAGCGAGAGACGCGCCUGCAGGACGCGCGGCCCCAGUCGGCGCCCCCGCCGCCAGACGGCGCCUCGCGGGCGACGCCGCCCGAGGCGCCGCCGCCGCCGGGCGGCUCCCCGCAGGCGGGGAGCGCGCUCGCCGCGGAGCUGGGCGACGCGGUGCGCGCCGCGGUGCGCGCGGAGCUGGGCGAGCUGCUCGCGGAGGGCGGGCCCCUGCGCGGCGCCCUGCGGAGCGAGGCAGAGGCCGCGUCGGGCAGCUGCGGCUGCUCGCCGUGCCGGCGCAGGCUGAGCGGGACUCUUAGACAUAGCCUGGAGCAAACGCACGGGGAGGGUGUGGACACGACGGCGGCGGAAGAUUUUGGUAGCUUUGCGCCGAGCCUUGUUCGGGGCGCCAGCUUUGGCAGUCAAGCUGCCAUCAAACGAAACAAUUCCGCUGCGUCCGAGCAUUUCGCCCAUAUCAUUGAGACCGCCAAUGUUGAGCGGGCCAGUGCAGUUGAUUCUGACAGUAACGAG